CGGAAAUGACGACAACUUCCCGGGAGAACCCUGGCGGGUUUCAUUUCGGCGCCUUUCUUUCUUUGGCCGAAGUGAUUGGUUGGCGGGAAGCGAAAGAGGCGGGACAAGCUGCCGCGGGAUAAGUGCCGCCACUGGAGCCGGGAGAUGCGGCUCCGGAGCUGCCGCUGUGUCGGCUCUCCUCUCCGUCUCCUGUGUGAGUGCGGCUCCUUCUGCGGUUUCGGUCAUGCUGUUGCCUUCGGACGUAGCCCGGCUGGUGUUGGGUUAUUUACAACAGGAAAACCUCACAUCUACCUGCCAGACUUUUAUUUUGGAAAGUUCAAAUUUAAAAGAAUAUGCAGAGCACUGUACAGAUGAUGGCUUUAUUCCAGCUUGUUUACUGUCCUUAUUUGGAAAAAACUUGACAACAAUUUUGAAUGAAUAUGUAGCUAUGAAAGCAAAAGAAACAUCAAAUGAUGUUCCAGCAAUAAUGUCAUCUUUGUGGAAGAAGUUAGACCAUACUCUUUCUCAGAUCAGGAGCAUGCACAAUUCUCCAGGGUUUGCUGCCAGUCAGAGAGCCCGAACAAGAAAUGGAAUUGCUGAAAUUAAACGACAAAGACGACUUGCAUCUCAAACAGCUCCUGUCACUUCAGAGUUGGUUACCUUACCCUACCCUUCGGAAAACUUUACUGCUACUCCCUUGACAGCUACACAAGUUACUCGUCCAGCUGGCCAAAUUUCAGCUCCUUUAAGGUCAAAUUUUAUAGUAGUCAGUCAUUCACAGGCACAAGAGACUGUACCUACUGGAGAGAUUUUAAAUAUCAUUCCUGGUCCUCAGGAGAAGAAAAAUCAUGCCAGUUUAAUGUCUCCUGGUAGACGCAAAAGUGAAUCUCAAAAAAAAAGUAUCACUCUGUCUGGACCCCAUUCAACAAUACGGAAUUUCCAGGAUCCAAACGCAUUUGCAGUAGAAAAACAAAUGGUUAUUGAAAAUGCACGAGAAAAGAUACUAAGCAACAAAUCUCUUCAAGAGAAGCUUGCUGAAAACAUAAAUAAGUUUUUGACUAGUGACAAUACUGCUCAAGUACCUAAGCAAACAGACAGCAACCUUACUGAGCCAGAGACUUCAAUUGAUGAACUCUUAGGACUUCAGAGUGAAAUUCACAUGUCUGAAGAAGUUAUACAGGAUAUAUUGGAACAGACAGAAUCAGAUCCAGCAUUUCAGGCACUGUUUGAUCUUUUUGAUUAUGGUAAAACAAAGAAUAAUAAAAAUGUUUCACAAGGCAUUUCCAGUCAGCAUAUGGAAACCAAUUCCAAUGUAGUCUUAGCAGAUGAAACUAAUCUAACAGUUAAAGAUUCUUUUAAAACAGAAAGAUCUGGUAAUCGUUCUGGUGAACCCCCAAGUUGUGCAUCUUGUCAAAAUGAAGACACAGCAAGCGCUUUAAAAAAUGACAGCAAUCAUAAUGAGCCCACUAAACGGGAAACCCAGGGACAGUUUUCUCACAGUGACCCUAGCAUCCAGAAAAAGGGCUUUAAGACAGUUGUACCUACUGAACAGAAGUGUAAUCUUGAUAUUGCCUUUGAAUCUGUGCCUAAUUUGAAUGACUUUAACCAAAGAGUAAAUUCUGAUGUGGAAUGUAGUCAACAUUGUACUGAAUUAUACACUGAUCAGAUGUCCACUGAAACUGAAAUGGCUAUGGAAGUCGAGAAGAGUUCUUUGUCUCCAAAUAUGUCAGCUGAAUCUCGAUUACAACCUGACCAAUCUGAUAUACCAAUAACUUCAUUCAUUUCCCUUAGUGAUACUAACAAUGAUAAUUCAAUUAUUUCUGGGGGAAAUUGUCAAAUUUUACCCCAGAAUGCCCCACUAACUGAAAAACUAUCCCCAAAAAGACAGUUUUGUGAGAGUUCUAAUAAUAUGGGAAGACUUAGAAAUAAUUUGCAUGGCUCCAAGUCACCAGAUUCCAGUGAAAUUAACCCGAGUAAAAUUGAAAUUAAUAAUGUGUUAGCAGUUGCAUCACAAAAACUUUCAGAUUGCCAAAAUAAUUCUUCACUUCAAAGUAAAAAAUUACCUGUAUCUGUUGAAAGUUCAGGCUUAAAUAUAUCUGAACAACAAACUGAAGCUCUUACACAACCAUCUAAUGAUUCAUCUGUUGAGUUAAAUCAUGCGGACCAUGAAAUUCAAUCCUCCAUGCCUGAGAAAGUUACUUUGAAUUCACAAGGAUCUUCAACUUCUGUAAGACAAGUUGGAGAUAUGUUUCUAUCUUUAAAUGAAGAUAAUUGUGAGGAAGUUGCAUUGAUGCCUCCAGAAAGCAAUCCUGUAGAAGACAGACACAUUCUUCCUUCAGAAUCAGAAUCUGUGCAUUCUUUUAAGGGGGCAUCUCACCCUGAGUCCCAAAAUGCUAGUGAUAAAACUGUUAGAGACAGCUCAGGCGAGAUAGAUGGGUCAAAUAUUGUUUCCCUCAAAAUUAUUAUCAGUGACGAUCCAUUUGUUUCCUCAGAUACAGAACUUAACAGUGCUGUUUCUAGUAUCAAUGGAGAAAAUUUGCCAACUAUAAUUUUAUCUUCUCCCACUAAGUCAUCUGCUAAAAAUGUAGAAUUAGUUAAAUGCUUGUCUUCAGAAGAAACUGCAAGCACUCUUGUUUGUGCUGAAGGAACAGAAGAAUCAUCCUCAAUGGAGCAGAGCCUUCUAGCACUGAAACCUGAAGACUCUACAAGAAACAACACACAGAAUGAAGACAACGUUGCCUUUUCUGGAAAUGUUGUUACACCCUGUGUUUCCAAGGAUGGUGGGUUCAUACAGUUGAUGCCAACUACAAGUACAACUUUUGGCAGCUCAAAUAAUAUUUUAAUUGCUACUUGUGUGACUGAUCCAACUGCCUUAGGAACAACUGUAAGUCAAUCUAAUGUUGUUGUGUUACCUGGGAACACUGCGCCUAUCACUGCUCAGCCUCCACCACCUCAGCUGCAGACACCACCAAGGUCAAACAGUGUAUUUGCUGUCAACCAAACUGUUUCACCCAGCUUUUCACAAGGAUCUGCCAUCAUAAUUACUUCUCCAGUCCAGCCUGUACUCCAAGGAAUGGUGGGAAUGAUCCCUGUGUCUGUGGUUGGACAGAAUGGAAACACUUUUUCUGCCCCGCCUCGGCAGGUCCUUCAUAUGCCUUUGGCGGCACCUAUGUGCAAUAGAAGUAUUCCUCAGUUCCCCAUUUCGACAAAAACUCAGAAGACUCAGGGACUAAGAAACAAGCUUUCUACAGGGAAACAGGUAAAUACUUUGGAUUCAUCAAGUCAUUUAGUUGGAUGUCCUACACUAAGAACUGAAGUUUCUGACAAGAGUAUGGCCACAGAUCAUGGAAAGAAAAUGGAAGAAGUCACAGUUCCUUUUUCAGUAGAGAAUAUAGUUACAACAAGCAAACCAUUUGAAAGCUACAGACGUGUGCUCUGUUUUGAUAGCAGUACCCCUCUGGCAAACUCACAGGGGACAACCCAUAAGAUGGUCUCCCCAAACAAAGACAGGAAUGAUAUUUCAUUACCAAACACUGACUCAUCCCUUCUGUCUUCCACUUUAAAAUCCCCUUCUAGUAAUGCUACUAAAAAAGAGAAAGAGAAACUUACUGUGCCUAAGACUUUACCUAAAUCUGACACUGCCAUUAGUCGACAUACCACCACAAAAGAAACUCAGUCAGAAAAGAAACUCUCACCAACAGAAACUGUGCUUGAAUCUUUCCAUAAAGCUACAGCUAAUAAAGAGAAUGAAUUAUGUUGUGAUGUGGAAAAGCAGAAAAAUCCAGAAACCUCAAAAAUGUCUAAUGGGCAGCAAAAUAGUGGCUUACGGAAUGAGAAAACUAUAGCUUCACUGCAAGGACUAACUAAAAAACCAGGCACAUCCUCAAACAGUAAAAAUGUCAUUUCAGUAGGUGCAUCUGUGAAGGACCUAAAACAAGAACAAAACAAAUCUGCCACUUCUGUGAGUAACCCACUAACUAAACAUAACACAGAGAUGUUACAAGAUGUUCAGCGGCAUAGUCCAGUAAAUAGACUCGCUGACGGUACUGACUUACCUGUAUCCCGGACACCUGGCUCCGGGGCGGGGGAGAAACAUAAAGAAGAACCCACAGAAAGCAUCAAGAUUCCUUCUAGUAGACGUUUUGCUGAAGACAAUAGCAUGCCUAAAGUAAUGAUCCCUCCUGUCACCCCAGACUUGCCUGCCUGCAGCCCUGCUAGUGAAACAGGGAGUGAAAAUAGUGUGAACAUGGCUGCCCAUACACUAAUGAUUCUCUCCAGAGCCGCCAUCUCUAGAGCUACUUCAACAACUCCUCUCAAAGAUAACACACAACAGUUUAGAGCAUCGUCCAGGAACACCACAAAAAAACGGAAAGUUGAGGAAUUAGAUGAAUGUGAACGAAACUCUCGUACUCCAAGUAAAAAUCUUGCAAAUUCAUCAAUACCAGUGAAAAAGAAGAAGAUUAAGAAAAAGAAGCUACCCAGUUCAUUUCCAGCUGGAAUGGAUGUGGACAAAUUUUUGUUAUCAUUGCAUUAUGAUGAGUAAACAGUCUGAACACGUGAGAACAGAAAUGAUAAGACUCUUAUCCCUUAAACUGUAAGCGUAGGGAAUGAGAUACUGACAGAAUCUGAAAAUGUGACCUGCACUUUUCAUUGUACUGAGAUUUCACUUUAUAUGUAAAUUGUGCUGUUUCUGAAGCAGCUUCCUACUUUGUAAAUAGAUUUACUUGGUAUAUUUUUAUUUUGGAUAAAAGCAUUUGCAUAAAUGUAAGUAUAGCCAAUCUGUAAACCUGUAUAGCUUUGACAAUUGCAUUUUGUAAAUAUGUAAAUCUUGUUGAAAUAGGUUAGCUCAACAUAAUGUUCUUACACUGUUUUUUUGACGUAAACAUCUGAAAUAUUUUCUCACUUAAGGGAAAGUGGAUUGUUUUCCUUUUAAUUUGACAUUAGCAGUUGUCCAAUAAGACUUAUAAAGACAGCCACGAAGUAGUACAAGAAUGGUAACUACUUUGAUUGGUAGUGGUUAGAACAUAGCAGUUUGGGUUUUUUCCUCCCCUUAUACUUUGCAGUAAAGAUUAUAUUCCUGAUAUUUUACACUCCCACUGUUUCUUCUGGUUAUUCUAGUCUCUGUUUUAAAGAGAGAAUUUUGUAGAGCAUUUGAGUAUUCUGAUUUUUUGUCUGUAACUUUUAAAUCUUUUCCAGAGCUUUAAGUGUUUAGAUUAUUAAGCCAUAAAAAGUUUGGUUAUGUAAUAGUUGAGAUUUCUUGGUAUGUAUAUACUUUUCCCAAGUACAGGGGAAUCUAAAGAAUUGCACUAAUUCAUAGAACUCUUUCCCUAGUAGUGACCAGUGUACGUUUAAUUUAAAUCAUGUAUUCUAUGUUAAAGCUUAUGUGUGUUUAUCUUUUCAUAUCCUUUCAGAAAGCCAUGUCCAUCAUAAGAUGUAAAAGAGAAAUCAUAGUUUUAUAUUUUAGUUUAUUUUCUCCUAAAAUGGGAUGCAAUACAUAACUCAUAAUUUACAUAGAGUGUGUUGUGUCUGUAUCCCUUGAAAGUGUCAGUGUAAAGAACUGCUCUCAAAAAGUCCUUAAGGAGAAAGAGGUGCCUUCUCUGUAUUAGACACACAUAUCAGUCAAGGUAAAAAAUUGGUUUAAACUUUUACAUGGGGAAAUGUAAAAUUUGUAUAAAACAUAGGUUUCCCCCACUAUUUGAAAGAACCUUUCUGUUCUAUAGUAUCUGAUGCAUUUUUGCAUUUGGGAAUUGAGAUAUUUUUCUUAUCAAUUGCUGAUAAUAGUGUUCACAGACUCAAAAACUAAGCAACCAAAACAUACAAAAUAGAUUCUGCUUUCAGAUAGUAGGGAAAACCUAUAACUAGUACCUGACCAAUUGUGCCUAGAUGUUAAAACAUGGUUUCUGUUUAGUAAAAUGUCAGUAUUUUUUUCCUAAUCAUUUUCCUCAACUUUUUUUAUCAGACCUUUGAAAAACCAAAUUCAUGCUAACUUAACAUAGUAUUUCAUAAUAUAGAGAUUAUGUCAUAAUUGCUGAACCUUACUGCAGAAUUUUGUGUUAAAAGAAACUUUCAUGAUGUGACAGUGGCCUAUUUCUAAAGAGCUGAAUAUUAUACAUUUAAUGAUAAUUUAACUCAACUUAAUACCAUACUACAGUUAGGUUUGAAUAAAUAUUUUAAUUAACUUCAAAAGCUCGAAUUACUUUAUAUUGAAAAUAUUUGUCAUUUAGAUGCUAAAUUGCUUGGCAAGUCAGUUCAUUUUCAAAAGUUUACAUGAUGUUGAAAUUUUGCAAUGAAUUAGUAGGUCUUUAUAUGUGCUAGAUACUAAAGAAUCAUAUAAAUUAAGUUCACUUUCUUCAAGGUUCCUUAGUUCUCCAAUCAGGAACAACUAGCUAUAGUCCAAAGACAACUUGGAGCUCGCAUGUAUGUUCAAAUCCAUGGAUUUAAGAAUGUUGUACUUAGGGUCAGCAGAAUAGCUCACCGGGAUAAACCACCUUUUCUAGGUAAGAUCUUGACCCUGGAAAUUUAGGUACUUGGUGUCUUGCCCUUUGUAUCUCUCUGUGUGUCUCCAUAAAAGCCUGGAGUGGUGAUGCCCAGGUGUAUGUAAAAGCCUAAUUUAACAUUUAAAUACCUAGUGACUACCUACAUUCAGGAUUAAUAUAUACCAUGCAGUUUGUGUCUACUUUCAUAGCUACGUGGAAGAAUCAACCCUUUAAUUUGGUUAUUAGUGAUCAGUGUGGUCACAGUAUGCUGGAUCUGAGAACUCAUGUAUUUUAAUAUACUUUAUUAUUUGAGCCCUGGAAAUUGUUAGAAUGUUAUAUUUGAGUUGUACAUAAGAAAUGUAUCGGGGGUUGAGCGGUAGCGCAGCGGGUUAAGGGCACAUGACUCAAAGCGCAAGGACUGGCUUAAGGAUCCUGGUUUGAGCCCCUAAUUCCCAAACUGCAGGGGGGUCGCUUCACAGGUAGUAAAGCAGGUCUGCAGGUGUCUGUCUUUCUCUCCCCCGUCUCCCCUCCUCUGUUUCUCUUUGUUCUAUCCAACAACAACAAAAGCAACAAAAAUGGGAAAAAUUGGCGUCUGGGAGCAGUGCAUUCACACUGAGCCCCAGCUAUAACCCUGGAGGCAAAUAAAUAUGUGUUCAGCUACAGGCUAAUGUUAUGGCUGCUGGGGAGAUAAAGGCUCAGGUUUGGAUAAGUAGUUGCAAAGUUUGUUACUCUAUGUUUUGCUUGUCAGUUCUCAUUGCAUCAUCUUUCAGCAUCAGACCCAACUUCUUUUUUUUUUUUUUUUUUUUUUUUUUUAGUUUUUUAUUUAUGAAAAGGAAACAUUGACAAAAACAUAGGAUAAGAGGAGUACAGCUUCACACAAUUCCCACCACCAGAACUCUGUAUCCCAUCCCCUCCCCUGACAGCUUUCCUAUUCUUUAACCCUCUGGGAGUCUGGACCCAAGGUCAUUAUGGGAUGCAGAAAGUGGAAGGUCUGGCUUCUGUAAUUGCUUCCCCAUUGUACAUGGGCGCUGGCAGGUCAAUCCAUACUCCCAACCUGUCUCUCUCUUUCCCUAGUGGGGAAGGACUCUGGGAAGCGGAGCUCCAGGACACAUUGGUGGGGUUGUCUGUCCAGGGAAGUCUGUUUAUGUGAUAGUUUCUUUGGCUUUGCAGAAGCUUUUCAAUUUGAUGUAGUCCCAUUGGUUUGUUUCUGCUUUAGUCUUCCUUGCAGUUGGGUUUGUUUCAUCAAAGAUGUCCUUGAGGUUUAGGUGGAAACGUGUUUUACCAAUGUUUUCCUCUUAAGUAUUUGAUAGUUUCUGGUCUAACAUCCAUGUCCUUGAUCCAUUUGGAGUUGAUUUUUGUUUCUGGUGAGAUAAGGUGGUUCAGUUUCAUUCUUCUGCAUGUUUCAACCCAGUUUUCCCAGCACCAUUUAUUGAAGAGGGCCUCCUUCCUCCAUUUAAUCCUUUGGGCCCCAUAGGUGUGGAGGUUGACCCAGCUUCGUAGAUAGCAAGUUUUUAUUUUAUGUUUUCUGUUUUAAAGACUUAUCUGUGUUAGCUAAAACUUUGGCAUGACUUGUUUUUAUUCCUAAAUAAUUUUUGAAGAUUUAGUUAUUGAUGGAAAAAAACCUGAGCAUCACUAUGGCGUAUGCUAUGCUAGGGAGUGGACUCAGGACCGCUUCCUCUUAAAUCCAGCACUUAAUCAGUGUGUCACCAGCCUGGCCAUCCUAAAUUAUUUUUAUAUAUAGUUGAAAAGUGUAUAUAAACUUCCUAGGGACUGGGAAGGUGGUUCAGCAGCAGAGUUAUUGCACUGCAUGCUUGAGUCCCUGUAUUUAUUUAAAAAUCCCCAGCACAGCAUAACAAGAAAGAUGUAAUAGCUAUUAACUUUCCUGAUGCAUAUUUAUUAAGAAUACACUGGCUCUCCAGUAUAGUUCAUGAGGAUUCUUGUCUUACUCCUCAGUUUAGUGGCUUUUGAUUUCAGCUAUAUUUGUUGAACAGGUACUAUUCACAUAGCACUUAAAUACUCAACCAGAGAGAUAGCUUACCAGAUAGGGAAUGUGCCUUACCUUUCACAACAGCCCAGGCACCAUACAAGGGCACUAAGGAAGCUCUGGUGUUGUAGUCUCUCGAUGAAAAGUGGGCCAGCAUGGUGAAAUCACAUAUUCCCAAGGCCCUAGCUUCACAUAACCAUGAUUUUGGUGUUUUACUAGUAGCAUUUAUAUGCAUUUCACAGUCUUGUGAUUUUUAAAUUACUAAGUUCAACUUGUCAAUAUUGAAAUAAAAUGUUUUAUCUAAUGAGA